AUGAGCGAUAAUAAACUCGGAAUCUUCUCAUAUUUUGCAGAAAUCGAUGCUGAUGGUUCUGGAUUACUUGAUAGAGAAGAAGUCCGAGGAUUGGCAAAGAAUUUUUAUGGCGAGAGCUUCGAGAAACUAGGCGACAAAGUCGACAAAAUCUUUGACAUCUAUGAUGUCGAUGAAAGUGGAGAGCUGAGCUACCAAGAAGCACGCUGCUUUUUGAAGGGCAUUCAAGAAUUCCUCGAAGAUGAUCCCGAUAUAAGCGAAGAACAGAAAGAAAAAAUAGCAAAGUGCUUGGAAUUGGGGAGCAUCAUGUGCGAUGAUCCAGAAGGUGAACUGGAGAAAAAAGCUGCCAAGGCAAGAUCUGAGCUUUCUCGACUCGUGAAGCUCGAACAAAAUUCGCUGGGAGAAAAUGGAGAAGUUUUCGGCCCUGAUGGAAAACCUAUGCUCGGUCCGGAUGGAAAACCAAUUCGCGUUGUUGAUGGUAUCAUUGUUGAUGAGAAUGGAAACCCAGUGCUUGGAGCUGAUGGAAAACCGCUUCGAUUCGUGAAGCCUGGGGUUCUUGUGGAUUCAUCGGGGCGACUUAUGGGUCCAGAUGGACAGCCGAAGCUGGGGCCAAAUGGCGAGGCGUUGGAAAUUGUCGAUGGACUUGCGAUCCGCGCAGAUGGAGUAGUCCUUGGCGCUGAUGGAAAACCAAUGCUUGAUGAAUUCGGAAAUCCUAUUCGAUAUAUAAAUGGACAAUUUGUUCGGUCCGAUGGCACUGUUGUCAAUGCUGAUGGAUCAGUUAAACUUGGCGAAGAUGGGCAACCACUAAAGGCGGAAUAUAUUGUCAAACCCUGCUCAAAUGACAAAGGAGAACUGAUAGGAUUGGACGGAAGAGUUAUUCUAGGAAAAGAUGGGCAUCCACUCAAGAAUAGGGAUAUCAAGAUGAAAGUAGUGGACGGCAUAGUCGUUGAUUCAGAAGGAAAUCUCUAUGACGCAUUUGGUAAGCCUCUGCUUUCUCCCGAUGGAAAAGAACUCAAACUCCUGGACGGCAUUAUAGUUGAUUCUGACGGAUUUGUUUAUGAUGCUAGUGGGAAACCAAUGCUUUCUUGUGAUGGAAAACGACUGAGAUUCAUGAACGGAAUGUAUGUUGACGAAAAUGGAAUGCUUUAUGAUAACGAAGGCAAUCCAAUCCUUGGUCCAGAUGGCAAACAAUGCCGCUUGGUGGAUGGAAAGAUCCUUGACUCGAGCGGAAAUCCCCUGUUAGGACCAGACGGAGGACCCCUUCAAUUCGUUAAUGGCAAGCUAGUGUCUGGUUCAAUGGUCUCUGCUGUCUCAAAUGAAUCCAAUUCUUCCUCUCAAGCACGAAGAUGCAGUACAGUCUCUGGAUUCCCCCCUGAAGUUGAACUAUCCAGCAUUCUUGCUCUGGCGAAAAUGGGAGCAGAUGGAAAACCUAUGCUCGGCCCUAAUGGAGAGCUCCUCGAUGCAAAUGGAUUCCCGAUUCUAGGACCUAAUGGAGAGCUUCUUGGUGCUGAUGGAAAGCCGAUUUUGGGCGCUGAUGGUCAACCUUUGACCAGGGAAGUAUCCAAACUUGAAAACUCUCAAGAAUCCGCGUCCGAGUCCGACUCGGAACUUGACGUUAUCGUGCAUGAGCCUGAAAUUGUUGUUGAAACUGUUAAAACCGUGGAAAUUACUCCUCCACCCGAAAGCACUGUUCAAUCAGUGAAAAUCGACGACUUUGAAGUUGACGUGGAAGAACUGAUGCGACGCCAACAAGCGGGUCGUUCAAAAUCUACAGUUGGAUUGUCUGCUUUCGAUAAACUCAAAAAAAAGAUGGAAAUGAAAGAAGAUGUCAACGAUGGAUUCUCAAAAAUCUUGGGUAUUUUCCGACCCAGACCAACAAUUACCGAAAGACCCAACACGAAAGACAAGUGGUUCCGAGAUCCAAAUACAUUGCAAUGGGUCUCCAUUCAACAAGUCGAUGCACUCGCUGCUGCUACUGCUACUGCUUAA